AUGCCGUGGUCAUUUGCUCUCCCUCAGGGAGUAUUCACAUCACCGCUCCUCGCGGUCGCAACGCCCAUAAUUGGCGGAACCGCCACAGCACUCCUGGUGAACCGAAACAAAACCCAAAGCACCUACCGCGACCUCCGUCAACCCCCCUUCAGCCCACCAGGCUGGCUCUUCGGACCAGCCUGGACACUCCUGUACGGAUUAAUGGGAUAUGCGUCCCACCAUGCAACCACAACAGCGUCUACCUCCACCCUGUUAACGGCCUCCAAUGCUAGCGCCCAGACCCUGUACACGACGCAACUCGCGCUGAACUUCCUCUGGAUGCCACUUUUCUUUGGGGUGGGGCGACCGGCCGCGGCCCUUGGCGAUAUGGCCCUCCUGGCGGGUAACGUGGCCUUGUUGAUGGUCAACUGGUGGAGUGCGGAUCGGACGGCGUUCUGGUUGAUGACGCCUUAUGCUGCUUGGCUGGGAUAUGCGACUUAUCUUAAUGCUGGAGUGGGAUACUUGAAUGGAUGGAGAUUACCGAAGAACAAGCCGGAGUAG